AUGGCCCACGAUGGCUGUGGAAGUGAGCUAUGUGGCCCCCGAGCCGAGAAGGUUGGGCAGCACCACUGCUGUAGACUUACGAAACGCUUCCGUCUCGCCUGUUUGCCAGUCAUUCAAGUCAAGUGGAUAUAUACGGAUUGGGGGAAUCAUUACCUGGAGAAAGGGAAAUGCAAGAAGAGGAUCGGAAACCUGGAGACGGACGUCGUGGAUGGCGUCCUCCUUGCCGACCUCAUCGAGGCCGUCACAAAUCAGAAGGUGGGUGACAUCAACCGGAAACCGAAAGGACCUGCUCAGAUGUUGGAGAACGUGAGGGCGUGCGUGAACUUCCUGGCGUGUUUGGGCGUGACAGCGGAAGGAGUGACCCCAAAGGACAUUCGAGACGGGAAUCUUCGUGCCAUCCUCGGCCUCCUUUUCUCUCUAUCCCGAUACAAACAACAACUCAAGCAGCAACAGCUCCACCUCUCCGCCGAACCUUCUCUCAACAUGACUUCAAAAUUGCCGGCCCCAUCGUCGACAGGAGCCGGAAGGGGACCUGGAGGAAGUGGGAUCCCAGGACCUGGGACAGGGACUACGAGUGGUCGACGCUCCAGUGGGGGCGGGGGAGCAUCCAGGAACAUCCCCAAUUUCACUCCCACUCGCACCGCCUCUCAACCAGGAUCAGCUGGGAUGAAAGCAGGACUGGGUUCAGCAGAGAGCUCCAGAUCAGCGAGUCCUUCUGGUCAAGGUCAACCUGUCUCCUUCAUCCCCACGCCCAGGUCAUCUGCUCCAAAACCCCCCUCCAGGACUCUUCAGGGACAGUCAAGUGUGGGUCGUUCUUCACUGCGUCUCCCUUCCAACAAUCAAUAUGCCAGGGAUACUCAUGCUGCUGCUGUCUCAACUUCUGCAAAUGUUUCUCCACGUCUCACCAAGGGCUCCAUGCUGGACAGAUUUAAUGUGUUCAACAAAGAGAGACAAGAGAAGGGGAAAGGUCAAGGGAUGAGGGGUUCAAAAAGAACUUCUAGUUCCAGUGGAGUGAGUUCUGCAAGGUCUGAGCAGAGUGAUUCCUCAGCCAGCACUGGGAAUGGUGGAUUGACACUAGGGAACUCAAGUCAGAUGGGAGUGGUAAUGCAGGAGGUUCCACCUCCUGUCCCAGAGCAUGGAAGGACAGCCCUGCGAACUCUCAGCUCCAAGCUGAAGGGUGGAUCACCAAAGAUGGGAUCUCCAAAGAUGAGACGCAAGGAUGAAGCCAAAGGGUCACCUAAGAGUUCACAUGCCCAUCGUUCCCGCAUCCCUGACUCCCAGCGACAAGACCAAGACAUCCCUGAAGCAAGGAAGCCACCUCCUCCAGAACCUAAGAAGGCAAAGAGAGCUGAUGACUUGGGAGCAUCUCGACUUCCUGUCUUGGGUCAAGGCAUGAUCCCAAAACCCACUGCUGCUGUCAAGGGUACAUCUAAGAUCAUUGAAGACAAGGUCAUCAAGGCCAACCUUAACACUUCUGCAACAAGUAAACACUUCAACAAGGUGGUGACCCAUGUUGGAGGGGCCAAGAGCAUUCGGUUGUCACCAACAAAUUCAGAGCCAAAUGUGACCCAGGCAAAUGAGGUGAAGCAAGGGCAUGACAAGGAUAAAGGAAAGGUGGUGACAGGAGAGAAGGAAGGAGCAGAUGAAGAGGAAGAAGCAUUGAACAAUAUCCAACCCAUGCAACCUCUCUUGAGAGCUUCUCAAUAUGGCUAUCUCCGUGGACUUGGUCUCAUCUCACCUCUUAAAAAUGGUGGGAGUCAACAAGUAUAUGCAGCUUCUCAUGUAUCUAGUCCUGGAGCAGCUGGUGCCCUUCGAUCCUUCCAGCAAUCUCCUGACACUGCAUCAGGUUACAUGUCAGAUGGAGACCUGUUGUGUGGAGCAGGGAUAGGUCAUGAUGUAUCAUUUGAGGACCACUUGGAUGGAUACAUGUCAGAGGGCGGUGCAGGUCUUUAUGGCCGCAAGCCUCCUGUUCUUGCCCAGGGGAGAGGAGGACGAUCACUUCCUCUCCCUUCAACUGAUGACAGCAUGGAGAAGGAGAAGGCUGUAAUUCCUCCUCCUCUUCCUCCUCAUGCUCCCCUCAUCCCCCUCUCCAAUGGUCUAAGGAAACUCCAACGCUUAGAUGAAACGAGUUCGUUAUCCAGCGGAGUAUCCGAUGCCCUCGCUUAUACGUCCACUGAUGACAAUCUUACUUCGUCAUCAGUUGCUUCCGAGCCCAAUCCUUACCUUAGCUUCAAGAGGUCAUCGAGAGAGGGAGGGAAUGAUGGGGAUGGGGUCCAGUACAAGGUCGUCUCCCCCAGAGCUCACUCCAAAAAGACUGACAGCUCCCAACAAACUGACACUUCUGCCUUCAGGCAAGUUAUUCCAUGUCAUGGUAACAACGAUAUCAUUAAGCAAGGCAGCCAGUGGAAGAAAGUCAGCCUCGGAGCAGAGAGAGGAGAUCCUAGCCAGGAUUAUCCUUCCAUGGAAGCAAAGAAGAAAUCUGGGAAAGGCGAGAAGACCGUGAUGAAGACAUCUCAGGGAUCCCAGACGGUGAAGGUGGGAGUGGGGGAUGUGAAGAGGAUCCCUCAUCCUCAGAUUCUGCAUGCCAAGGGAUCAAGCCUGGGCUUUCAUCAACCGCGUCCAGCCAGCGCAGGAGAAGCCGAGUCCUCGUCUACGCGUCCCAAGACUGCCGCUGUGACGGGAAUUCCUCGCACACCCGAGGAGAAACCUCGAAUGAAACUCAAAGUGUCCGGAAGCACCCAGACCCAGAUUCAUCAAACCGUGGAACUUCCAUCGUCCACUGAGAACUGGAAGCCCAGGACGUUCUCCAUGAGUCCCAGUGUGGCUGCGCAGUUGUCACAGAACGUGCGGGAACGCAUCCUCCAGUCUUCUAAUUGGAACAGCAAGACCCUGAGUCAUACGGGGGAGUAUCUUUAUGUAUCGGGAUCUCAGCGGAGUCCAAGGAUGGCCAGGCCCACUGAUGGAUCCCUGAGUGAUUCCACUUAUAUGAACUAUGCUGAACUUCGAGACCUGAGGUCAGCCACAGGAAGUCCAUAUUCCUGGGGACGCUUCAGCGGUGGCUAUCCUGGCUCCAUGGCCAGCUCCCAACUGAGGAAAAUUGGAGGAAGCCUGACAGAGGGAGAGUCAAUGGAGUCCCUGAGUUCAGCAGCUUCAUACCAGGUGGGAGGAAUUCAGAUGCAGAGUCAAGCUGGGCGCUCAGGUCUCACACAAGCUCGGCUUCUCUUGCACCAGAAUCAGCAAGAUUCCCCUGCUCCUGGAAAUGUCUCACCACGUCUCAAUCGCUCCUCCUCUGCCAGGUCCAGUAAGUCAGAGAAGCAAUAUCCAAUAGUGGGAGGUGAGGAACUGUUGGCUCGAGCCAACGGAGGUCGAUACUCUUUCUCUUCCAUUGGAUCUCAUCAUGCCUCUCAACCUGCUUCACCUACUCCUUCCAACAAAUCUGGGUUCAUUCUGAGUCCUAUCAUGUCUGUUGGUGCUCAGUCUCCAUAUGCUGUUUUGUCAAGAACUUCCUCACUACCACAGGAGGAAGAAGUACAUGGAUCCCACUUGAGUCUCCUGUCUGGGGGAUCAUCCUUGUAUAGCUCCCAGGAAGAGCGACAAGCUGCAGAAAUUCGCAAAUUGCGCAAGGAACUCGUGGAUGCCCAGCAGAAAGUUCAUACACUCACUUCUCAACUCUCCACUAAUAAUGUACUCCAUACUGUGAAGGGGUGGGUGAUUGGAGUCACAUGGCUGGGCAAUCGUUUCAUGCUCCAUUUGGAUUCCUACGCCCGCAGCGACAUUGGAGGGAGUCGAGGAGGAAUGAACGGGGCCUAUCCUGGGGCACCUGGCCCCAUCCAGCGACCUCUCUCCUGCACGGAUGUCUCCACGGCGUCACCUUACUCGUAUGUGUGUGCACCGACCAGGAAAGACGUGGUGGGACUGGGAAGUGUAGGGAAUAGCAGUAGUUAUCGGUUGGAUAGGAUUCAGUUCCAACCGAUGGAGACUGUAUGGGAGGAAAGAGUUUGCCUUCGUCCUCGGAAACAGUUGCCCUGGUGGGAGAUUGCCACCCGGAGGAACAAAUAUAGAAGCUGCCCUCUCUUCCAAGAGGCUCACGUGGUGGCAGCGUUUGAGCAGAGCCUGUCCAACAUGACCCAGAGACUCCAGCACCUUACUUCCAAUUCGGAGAAGAAGGAGCAUGAGCUUGGGGAACUGAAGGCAACCAUUGAUAUCCUGAGGAAGCAAGGAAAUGAUGCAGGACUGAACUUACAAAGUAGGACCGGUACCAGUACCUGGACCAGCACCCGUGCCUCAACGGGUCCUGGUAGUAGGAGUGUUGGUAGUAGCAUGGGAAUGGGCAUGGGAUCGCCAUGGAAAGGUGCAUGGAGCCCACCCCCACAUGCAGAGGCCUCACUUACCCUUGGCCUGGCCCGCAGGCAUACAUUUAACUCCAACAAGGACACUGUGUCCCCUACCUCCCCCAUUGGAGUUGGUGGUUCAAUGAGUCGUCAGCUGUCCACAGAUUCUGUGUCUAGUCUGUCAUCUGCUUGCAGUGGGGUGUCUCAUGCCAGCAAUGCAUCACCUUCCAACACCCCAGAGUCACCAGAUGCACGCAAGAAGAAAAAGAGAUCAUGGUUGAGGAGUUCCUUCAGCAAGGCAUUUGUACGAGGGGUGAAGAAGCCACCAGGGAAAGAUGGUGAAGCAGAUGAUGUGAGAGGGACAAAUGGGAGCAUUGGGAAUGGAAAUGGAGUCAUUCCUGAAUUUUCCAUACCUUCCUCCCCAAUUCCUUCAACCAAGGGGAAACUCAAGGAUGGCUCUUCCUAUUUGUCAUUUGAGAAGGAGCCAGAGAAGGAGCAUCCAGAUGUGGUACAGGAGCUGAAGAAGCAGCUACGAGAAAAGGACAUGGUUCUCACAGACAUCAGACUUGAGGCGCUUACCUCAGCUCAUCAGCUUGAGAGCCUUAAGGAGACUGUCAGUCGCAUGCGUUCUGAGAUGCUCAACCUUCGUCACGAUAAUGAGCGGCUCCAGCGCCUUGUCACCAGCAAGUCUCUGACUUCUUCUCAGAAUUCCCUCCCACCUGGUGAUGGAGAGAGGCGACUCAGCCUCUCAGACAAUAUUAACCUCAUCGAGACGCACACCACCUCCCUUCAACAUGAGCCCAUUAUUGACCUGUUGGGAGGUGUCCGGGAGGGUGAUGGACAUCGCAUCACCAUCUCUGUACAGCUGGGAUUUGGUGAAUGCCUCAUUGGAAGCAUUUAUGUAUCAGGGAAGACCAAGUGGGACAUCCUUGAUGACAUCCUUGUUCGCAUCUUCAAGGAGUACACUUCCCGACUGGAUGCAGGGGGAAGCCUGGGUCUCACAGAGGAUAGCAUAGAUUCAUAUUUGGUUGGAGAGGUGCACCGGCGUCCUGGGGUGGGUGUUCUCCCAGAACUUCUUCCAUGUGGAUACCUAGUAGGUGAUGUCCAAGGGAUCCAAGUCACAGUGAAGGGGGCCUCUCAUGGCACGCUAGAUUCGCUUGCAUUUGAUACUCUCAUCUCCAAGUCUGUUCUUCAAAGUGUGGACCACAAGAAUGGGAAGGAGCUUCACCAGUACCUGACAAACCUUGGAGAACAGGUUGAGAGUGGAUUGGGAGAAGUACCGACUGUGAUCCUGUUGGACAAUCUCCAUUACGUUGGGUCUCUGGCCGACAUCUUCUCUGGAUUCCUCAAUCCUUCUCAUCAUAAGUGUCCUUACAUCAUUGGCACCAUGAGCCAAACCAGUCCUUCCCCCACUAAUAUUCAACUUCACCAUAAUUUCAGAUGGGUAUUAUAUGCAAACCACGUGGAGCCAGUGAAAGGAUUCCUGAAUCGUUACCUGAAGCGACGGCUAAUUGCUGCUGAGGUGACGCAUCGCAGCCGCCUUCCCCAGCUGGCCCGCAUCUUUGACUGGAUUGCACGCCUCUGGGCUCACAUCAACAAGUUCAUUGAAGCUCAUGCCUCUUCUGACCUCACCAUCGGACCUCGGCUGUUCCUGAACUGCCCAGCGGAUGUGGGAGGUUCACAGGUGUGGUUCCGAGACCUGUGGAAUUAUUCCCUGGUGCCUUACAUCCUGGAAGCGUUGCGGGAGGGAGUUCACGUUUAUGGGAAGAAGGGCGGCUGGGAAGACCCGACCCAGUGGAUUGUGGAAACCUAUCCCUGGAAUGACUCUCAUGCCUCCUCCACUCUUCAUCGACUGAAAGCGGAAGACAUCGGAUACGAGACCGAAUCGAAGAAAACGUUAGAGGCUGAUGAUGCAGAUAUCGGGGAGAAUGAAUCUGAUCCUCUGUUGAACAUGCUGCUGAAGCUGCAGGAGGCAGCGAAAGACGUGACCUUGGACGGAUGCAAUUCCUCCUCGGGUUCCCCAGGAUCGGAUGGGAAUCGUACCAUGUCUCCAAAGAAAGAGGUUUUGUCUUCGUGAGACUAGCCUUGCGCCUUCUUCUCCCAAGUCUGUGAUACAACCAGUCUUCAGUAAUCGAUCACGUGUCCAAGUGCAUCUCCUUCGUGAAUUUCACUUCCCUCUCAGUUCAGGGACGUUCUCAGGCUGCUUGCUCUCCCUGCUGUCUUUUGUUGUUCCUUGGCCUUUUGGUAUCUGCCACAUUUGACGCUGUCAGGGCAACUGUAUUCAAUUAUUGCAGAGUUGCAACCAUGCCUCAACUGGCCUGUGAUAUUUCUUCUUCCUAUUACCCUAUACCCUUUCUUUGAGCCUUUCUAAACAGUGUCCAAAGGGGAGUUACAUCAACGCAACAGGCUCCAAAACAAUUGAAUAAAAAGCAUCAAGAAAGCCGUAAGGAAGAGGUGGAAUAUAAAGAGAAAACAAUGACAAAGAAAACGAAAUAAAAAAAAGGAAGACAAGAAAAACAACUCCUUGUUUCCUUUGUCUCUGUUUGCUUUUAUAUUCCUCCUUCUUUGACAUUUUUAUUCCUUUGGAGCUAUGUUGGAAAUGGUGUGACUCUUCUGGUUUGUCUAUUCCUUUAUUCCAAUAUAGUCAUGAUCUUGAGA